GCUGCUCCUCUCUCGUCCCCUCCUCCCCGGCUCCACAGCACACCUGCCUGCUCUUUGGCUGCGAGCGUUCACACAGUGCUCGGCUCUUGGCCUGCCUGCGCUGCAGCUCCACUUCCAUCACUCUGUCUGGAUUUGUGGCCGAACGUCCUCUUCUCCUCCACUUUCUGCAAGAUCGGCACAGGUCACUGACAAUAUGAGGUUGGCCUGUCUCACCCUGCUCCUGGUGUCUGUCUGCUGGGCUCUGCCCUUCCGCCAGUCUGGCUUCCUGGAUUUCAUGAUUGAGGAUGAGCCUGGGUCUGGUCUGGACCAUACUCCCCCUACAAGCCGGCGACCCCCUAAAAUCCCUAAAGUCCCUGAAGCCCCUGUAAUUCCUGAAAUCCCUGAUAUUCCCCUUGGGCCAGUUUGCCCCUUCAGGUGCCAGUGCCAUCUAAGGGUGGUACAGUGUUCUGAUCUAGGGAUGAAGAAUGUUCCAGAGGAUAUCCCAGCAGACGCCACUCUGCUGGACCUACAAAACAACAAGAUCAGUGAGAUCAGAGAGAAUGACUUCAAAGGCCUCAAAGGACUUCAUGCUCUCAUCUUGGUAAACAAUAAGAUCACCAUCAUUCAUGCCAAGGCCUUUGCUCCCCUGAUCAGCCUCCAGAGGCUUUACCUCUCCAAGAACCUGCUGAAGGACAUUCCCGCCAACAUGCCCAAGAGCCUCCAGGAGCUGCGCAUCCAUGAGAAUCAGAUCAGCAAGAUCAGAAAGGCCUCCUUCGCUGGCAUGGCGCACGUCAUCGUCAUGGAGCUUGGUUCCAACCCACUGACCAGUUCAGGGGUGGACGGAGGGGCUUUUGCCGAUCUGAAGAGGGUCUCCUACAUCCGCAUCGCCGACACCAACAUUACCGCCAUCCCCAAAGGUCUGCCCAGCUCUCUGUCAGAGCUUCAUCUGGACGGGAACAAAAUCACCAAGGUCACCUUCGACAGCCUGAAAGGCCUGAAGAACCUGGCCAAGCUGGGCCUGAGCCAUAAUGAGAUCAGCGUUGUGGAGAACGGUUCUCUGGCCAAUGUGCCUCACUUGAGGGAGCUCCAUCUGGACAACAAUGCUCUGACCACUGUGCCCACUGGCCUGCCUGAGCACAAGUACAUCCAGGUGAUCUAUCUCCAUUCCAACAAGAUCGCUGCUGUUGGCACAGAAGACUUCUGCCCCCCGAGCUACAACACGAAGAAGGCUAUGUACUCUGGCAUCAGUCUGUUCAGCAACCCGGUGCCUUACUGGGAGGUGCAACCGAUCACCUUCCGCUGCGUCUUUGACCGCUCCGCCAUUCAGCUGGGCAACUACAGGAAGAAGUAGAGCGUCCAAUCAGAGUGCCAGAUCACUGUUCUCGUCCCACCCCCUCCCUUCCAACCGCACCUUGAGUGUGUAGCUCAAUUCGAAUGUCAGAAAUAUAUUGAUGCUCAAACAGAAAACCUGCUAAAGUCAUUCAAUAUUUUUAAAAACUGUACUGACAAUACUGGGAAAUAAUCUCAAGUAAUCCAUAACAAAUGGUCGCAUAACUCAGCAUGUAGUCAAACCACGCCCAACACUCUCAUUUGCCUUUCCUAUGCAUCCAUAUAGCGCUACUGGAAUUUUAACAAGUGGAGGAGAAUAAUCUGAUGAUUUUAGAGGUACUAUUUUUUAAAAAUAAAAAGAAGCCAUGACCACUUAGAAUAACCAAGUGCACAUAUAUAUAAAUACAUAUAUAUUUACUUACACAUGCAUAGCCCUUUGACUCAGCAGAAUGUGAUUAAAUACGGAUUAUUGUUUAUGUAAAGAAGAUCCGCUCCUGGCCUCUCUGGAUCUUUGGGACUUAAGCCAUUCCCUAAAAUGAACUCAGAUGACUAGUCCGGCCUGCUGAGCGGGCAGUGAAGGGUCAACUCAUGCCAGAGUGCCAUGAACAAAAGCUGGUUUACUAGGUGUACUCAACUAUUAUUAGCUGUGUAGCGGUAGUGUUCACAGCGUACAGCAGUUACGCUCAAGCUUUCCGUCUUUCUCCUCACAUAGCAGCGAUUUGACUUAGGAGAGACAGAAAGCUGAAUUGUCACACUCAUGUUCCUCCUCUUGCUUCAGAUGUGUUUUUUUUCUCCUUUUCAUUUUAUCUCAUUUGUCUUCUUUGCUCAUUCUAAACCCCAAUGCCAUGUAACAUAGGAUAGAAGAUGCAGCAGCCAAGGUGAACAUAGCUCUUCAAGAUAUAGAAUAAACUAUAUUGUCUUUUUAAUGGAAGCAAUUCCCAAAGAUCUAUAUGCUUGCUUUUUCUAAAGGGUGGUGUACUGAGUGCCAUGCUAUAUGCGUGUGUGUAUUUCUUUAUUUUUUAUUUUUUUUUUCCCUGCCUUAGUGCGAAGAGGAGCGGAAGGAGCAGGUGGACGUGGCCGAGCAUGUCCCCCUCUGUCUUGUUAGUGAUUGUCUCAUGUAUAGAAGCUGUAUAUAAAUGCUGUAUAAAAGAAAAUCUCCCUCUCUUUGCUUAAAGCACAAGCACUUACAGUAGUAGUCCAGACUUUAAUAUAUCAGCAAUAAAGGUGACCUCUUUCUCCAGAAGGGGCUCGUGAUCCAAACCAAA